AGAGCGACCAGGACCUCGUGCUCGUCGCAGUCAAAGGCUAAAGCAGCAAACCGGCACAGACUCGCGGCGCAUCGCGGGCGCGGACAAGCGAGAGCGGGCGGCGGCAAUCCCUGAUGGACACCGGCGAGCAAGCGGAGGAGUCUUCGGCCAGUCGCCGGGAGCGCCUCCUAGCCCUCCGCUCCGCCGCCGCCUCCGCUUCCUCCUCCGCCUCCUCGCCAUCUGCCGCGCCGCCUCCCCCGCCGGGGACGGCCGCUUGGGAUCUCCCGGAGCCCGACCUGAUGCCCUCCUCCGCCCCGCGCCCGCCUCCGCGGUUCGACUUCUACACCAACCCCGGCGCGGCCUUCUCCUCCGCCGCCGCCCCGCACAAGCGCAAGAGUGCCCACUCCCCGCCCCGUUCUCCCGCUCCAGCCCCGCCUCAAGCUGGAUCAGGGAACUAUGGUAACAAUUAUCCUCCUCCACACCAGCAGCAUAUGCCUCGGUCACCAAUUCACUCCCCAUUCCCGAUGGCCCCGGGUACACCUGGGAAUAGUCAAUGGCAAAGUCAUAUGCAGUUCCAGACUCCAAUGUCAGGAUACCGAGGAACACAUCCUGGUCCUCCACCCCAGUGGAACCCACAUUCUGCUUCUCCAGCUCAAGUUUAUCAUCCACAUCCUCCCAGCUAUGGGUUCAGAGGCCCUAAUGUUGGCCGAGGGGGCACCCCGAUGAAUUUUGUUCCAAGAGGUAGCCCGUAUCCAUCUCCUGGACAAGGCAGGGGCGGGAACUACUACAGCAACCCAGGUUCGAGAGGAAAAGGGGGAAGGGGUUUUCAGAACCACUCUGGAUGGCAAGACCGGAGGAACUACUACAGCAAGUCUAUGGUUGAUGACCCCUGGCAGGACUUGCAACCUAUUGUUGGCAACAUAAUGAUCCCCGUUGGUGCCGCCUCCCAGUCCUGGCUUCCAAAAUCAUUGCGUGCAAAGAAGGAUACAUCUGAUCAAGGGCCUCAAGGCUCAGGAUCAAGAUUGAGCCUGGCGGAGUACCUUGACUUGUCUUUCAACGAGACUUCUAAUGAGACGUAAGCACUGGUGACAUGCUUUUUUCUACCACAAACUUUUGUAUUGUUAGGAUUGCUGUUGUUCUCAGUAUAUUUUUGUGGCCAUUUAUUUUAAUUCUCCUGUAUGUUUGACUGCCUCCUUUCGACAAGGGAAAAUUGGCUGGGGGACACCGUUAUUUUGUGGCCUUUGUCGAAACACACCGCCGGAAUGUGUCUUUGUCCAGUACCAUUACAAUUUUGUGGACAUUUGUCAAAACACAUUGUAUGGUCCAAAACGGGAAGUUUGACUUUUUUUUUCACAUUGAAUUAUCAUUCUACCGUUCAGCAAAUGUGUCUAGAAUCUUUCAAACUUUUUGUUCGAAGCGUUUUUCUCUCCUAUAGAGUGCAGCAACAAUGGUAAUGAAUGCCCACAUCGACCAACGACGGACCCUAGUAGAUGUCAAAAAUCGAUUUGUACAAAGGAAAAAAGUUUUCAAAAUUGGAUUUACGAUGGUAGUCCCAAGUAAAAUGUCAAAUUCUCAAUUUUAGUCGAUGCAGUGUGUUCUAGCAAAUGUUCACAAAAUUGUAAUGGUACUGGGCAAAGACAUGUUCCGGCGGUGUGUUUCAGCAAAAGCCACAAAAUAACGGUGUCCUCCAGCAAAUUUCCCCUUUCGACAGAUAUGAGCAUGUCUGUGUGCAAUAUCUAUCAGUUCUGUUUAUG